AUGUGCGACAAAAGAUUCAAACAUAAAAGUACAUUGACUAUCCACGAGCAAUUGCAUACAGAAGAAAAACCGUUUAAAUGUGAAAUUUGUUCUCGAUCUUUUCCCAUUAGUAAAUACUUAAUAAAACACAAAAAAAUUCACAAACCUGGAAGAACUGUGAAGAAAAAAAAAUAUGAUUUGCGUAGUAAAUUUCAUGUGAGACAAGCAAAUGACCCAAAUGAAAGUCUAGAGAAAGAAGGACCUUCGGCUCACACUCACGAAAAGAUGACGCGGGUAAAACCGUCUUCAGUUCACAUUUACGAAGGGAUGACGCAAGCAGGAACAAUUUCAGCUCACACCUAUGAAGAUAUAACGCAGGCAGCACCGUUUUUAGCUCACAAUUAUGAAUGUUCGAUGCAGGCAGGGCCGUCUUCAGCUCACGUUUACGAAGGGAUGACGCAGGCAGGGCCGUCUUCAGNUGCCGGGCUGUGA